AUGCCGGGUUGGCGCGAAGCUACCACGGUGCAGAAGCUCUCCACAAACACCUACUCCUGUACACUACAUGAUGAUUGGUGCAUCGGAACUGUCCCGAACGGUGGAUAUGUUACCGGAUGUCUCCUGGAGGUAGUCAAGGCACAUUUUAGCUCCACCUUGUCAGCACAAAACCAACCUCACACAAUUGCUCUGCAUGUGGAGUUCUUGCGACGAACCCAAGCCGGGCCAGCGACCUUCACUGUUGACGAUGUCAAGCUCGGUCGCCAGACCUCUAUCGUGCACGUGAGCAUGCAGCAGGAUGGGCGACAAGAAAUCGUUGCCUACGUAACCAAUUCCAACAUGGACACGGAAUCAGGCUUCUCUUACGAUACAGAGUACCAGCUCUCGCCCCCAGUAGCCUCUGUCGAUAUAUCAAAGCUAGAAAAAGGCGAAGAUCCAUUGUGGGAACGGCAUGCUGAAUUGCCAUACGCCAGCUUCCGCAAAGCGACUAGCAAAGUCCUAUUCCACUUUCCACGACAAGGCCAUCCUGCCGCAAAUACGGCAGACGAAUGGAUCUGCUUUGCAGACGGCAGCACCUUUAACGACUCCUCGAUUGGAUUUGUGGCAGACAUGUUUCCGCAGCUUGUCGAGAGGUUCAAGGAGAAGGGCACAGGCCCAUUCUGGUACCCGACUUUGUUGUUGAAUCUCGAUUUCAAGAAGUCGCUACCUGCCGAGGGCGUCAAGUGGCUACGGGUCAGGGUGGAGAUGAAAAAGGUUUUCAAUGGCAGGAUGGACAUCGAGGUGUUUGUACACGAUGCCGAGGGCGAGUUGGUGGCUCUGAGCCAUCACGUGGGACUUGUUGUGGACGCUAGUAGGAACACGGCUGCGAGACGGGUCGGCGAUGCCAAGAUGUAG